GGUCCGCAACUCAGCUCUCCUCUACAAAUCCUAAAGAAUAUUCUUCUUCAUUAUCCAAAUGCCAGGACUCAACAUCUUACCUCACGAUCCCUCGUCUCCCUCCAGCUCCAGCGACCUAUCCAAUGAAGCUUUCUUCAUCACAGGAGGUUUGUUUCUCGAACCACCAGACCUCUCGUCUCCCUUCUUCCGCUCCAUCUCCUCCAAAUGCAUUUGCCCAGACUCAAAGCCUCUGCAUUUCACCGGUCACCGGAGAAACCAAACCCGUCUCCGUUCCGACAAGAACUUGCUUUUCCUGUCCGUAAGCUUGAGUAAAGACGAAAAAACAGUUUCUAAUGGAGCGAGGAGGAGGAGAAGCGGGACCAUGAACACACGGAAGCAUCUCUGGGCUGGUGCUGUAGCUGCCAUGGUUUCAAAAACUUUCUUAGCCCCACUUGAGAGGCUAAAGCUUGAGUACACAGUUCGCGGUGAACAGAGGAACUUAUUGGUGGUGGCUAAGACGAUUGCGACCACGCAAGGCUUCAGAGGGUUCUGGAAAGGCAACUUGCUGAAUGUUCUCAGGACGGCUCCUUUCAAAGCCGUCAACUUUUGUGCCUACGAUAUGUACAGAAAGCAGUUGCUUAGACUCGCUGGGAACGAUGAAGCUACUAACUUUGAGAGGUUUGUUGCUGGUGCUGCUGCUGGGAUCACUGCUACUGUUCUCUGCUUGCCUCUUGACACUAUACGAACCAAACUAGUGGCUCGGGGUGGAGAAGCCUUAGGAGGGAUCGCAGGAGCGUUCAAGUAUAUGAUCCAAACCGAAGGAUUGUUGUCUCUCUACAAGGGUCUAGUCCCAUCGAUAGCAAGCAUGGCUCUGUCCGGUGCAGUUUUCUACGGCGUUUACGACAUCCUUAAGUCAUCUUAUCUGCAUACACCGGAAGGCCGGAAAAGACUGAAAGACAUGAAGCAGCAGGGGCAAGAACUCAAUGCUCUGGACAAGCUUGAGCUAGGACCUAUUAGAACUCUUCUGUACGGUGCUGUAGCAGGUGCUUGUACUGAAGUAGCUACGUAUCCUUUUGAAGUAGUGAGACGACAGCUUCAGAUGCAGAUUGGUAGAGACAAGUUGAAUGCUUUGGCUAUGGGGAUUAAUAUUAUUGAAAGAGGAGGGAUCCCUGCUUUAUACGCUGGGCUAUUACCUAGCUUGCUUCAGGUCUUGCCUUCUGCUGCAAUAAGUUACUUUGUCUACGAGUGUAUGAAGAUAGUGCUUAAAGUAGAAUGACAAGAAGAUAAUAGAUUCCAAGAGCAUUCAUGCAUCAACACAAUGCAAUGAUAGUUUUGUUCUACUUUUGAUCCUUUGAAAUUGCUAAAAGAUAUUGAAAAUGAAAAUACAACUUCAACUUAUUUGAUAAACAUCAUCUUCUUCAC